AUGCAUUUUCUUAUUAAAUUUACAUUACAUUGGUUACAUAGAAAAAAGCUAAUUUUAUCCAUUCAAUUUGAAAAAGAUCCAAAUAAAUUAUUUGACGAAGAUAAAUAUUUAGCCAAAGCAAGGUAUUUAAAUACAUCUUGGGUACUACAAUGGUUAGAUGACAUAGGUCUUCCUCAGUAUAAAGAACCAUUUUCUCAGGCAGCUAUAAAUGGUACCCUUUUACACAGACUCACCAAAGAUGAUUUUCUAAUGAUGCAAUUCGGAAAUUCAGAUUUACAUUUCUCUAGUCUCCGAUAUGGAAUUAAAGUGUUGAGGAAGAAUAAUUUUGAUCCUGAAUGUCUAAUUCGUCGUUCUAAUACUAACAAAAAUGAUGAUGAUUGUAAUUUAUCACUAUGGACAACACAUAGAGUAAUGGAAUGGCUUUGUAGUGUCAAUUUGGCUGAAUAUGCAUCUAAUUUAAGGGGCUCUGGUGUUCACGGUGGAUUAAUAGUGUAUGAUGACAGAUUUACUUCUGAGCUUCUAGCUGACAUUUUAUUCAUACAACAGAGCAAAACAUUACUAAGACGUCAUUUAAGCAUACAGUUCAGUCAGUUAAUUGGAAAAGAUUUAAAUCAAACAAAAAGAGAUUAUCAGUKCAAACCAAAAUAUAGACCUUUAACAAUAUCAUCUAAGACUAAAAUUCAGAAAAAAUCACAAUUUUCAUUAAAGAGGAAAAAACAUAACAAUGAACUGAGUAUUGGUGAUCUGAUUUGUCCUAUUGACGAUUAAAAUUAGAAGUUUUAUUUUUACGUAGUUAAACCAAAGUUAAAAUACAUUUAGUACAUGACAAAAAAAAGACUUAUC